AAAAAAUCUCCUCAACACUAGAUGGCUGCAGUGAGUCGUUUACGAGCAGUGCGUCCUGCGAUCAGACAAGAAGAAUUCAACAGUGCUGCACGCAGAGAGAUCACUCCAAAAAUGUCUGAACAACGAGCCAUAAAGAAUCCCUAUCAAGAUUACACUGGGCCUGGAUGUGCGCAAGACCUGUUUGACAUGCAGGGAAAUUUGACCCAACAUUUUGCCAGCCACAUAAGCAGCAAGAUCAGUGAGCUUCUGGCGAUCUUGGAGAAUGGACUGAAGAACGCUGACCCCAGAGACUGCACUGGCUACACAGGCUGGGCAGGCAUUGCCGUGCUCUACCUGCAUCUCCACAGCAUCUUUGGAGACGUCUUGUUCCUCCAGAAGGCUCUGGACUAUGUUAACCGCAGUCUGAGGAGUUUAACACAGCGCUGGGUGACCUUCCUCUGUGGGGAUGCUGGGCCGCUGGCUGUUGCUGCGGUGGUCUAUCAUCGACUCCAGAAACCUCAUGAGGCUGAGGAGUGUGUAAACAGGCUGUUGCAUUUGCACCAGUCAGUAGUGCAGGGGAAAGGAAGGCUUCCUGAUGAGCUGCUCUAUGGCAGAAUGGGCUACCUUUACUCCCUCAUCUUCAUUAACCAGCAAUUUCAGCAGGAGAAGAUCCCCAUUCAAUAUAUUCAACAGAUCUGUGAUGCAGUGUUGGCUUCAGGACAGAGCCUGUCUCAGAGAAACAGAAUCCAGGAACAAAGCCCUCUGAUGUAUGAGUGGUAUCAGGAGGAGUAUGUGGGUGCCGCUCAUGGACUGUCAGGGAUCUACUACUACCUGAUGCAGCCUGGCUUUGUAGUUGGUGAGGACAGGGUUUCCUAUCUAGUCAAACCCAGUGUGAACUACGUGUGUCAGCUGAAGUUUCCAUCAGGCAAUUACCCACCAUGUGUUGGGGAUUCUCGGGAUCUACUGGUGCACUGGUGUCACGGCUCUCCUGGAAUUAUCUACAUGUUGAUACAGGCUUUUAAGGUGUUUGGUGUGAGGCAGUAUCUGGAGGAUGCACUGCAGUGUGGGGAGGUGAUCUGGCAGAGGGGUUUGCUGAAGAAAGGCUACGGCCUCUGUCAUGGAGCAGCUGGAAAUGCUUAUGGCUUCCUGGCCCUUUACAAGAUCACCCAGGAUCCCAAACACCUUUACCGAGCCUGCAUGUUUGCAGACUGGUGCAUGAAUUAUGGAAAACAUGGCUGCCGGACUCCAGAUACACCAUUCUCACUGUUUGAAGGGAUGGCAGGCACAAUUUAUUUCCUGGCUGACAUGCUGCAACCAGCUAGAGCCAAGUUCCCUGCUUUUGAGGUGUAAAGACUGUUCCAGACGUUUGGGCUUUUUCGCUUAAGCUUUCUCGAGCGGGAAGAGCGCGUCCUCUGAUGGUGGAAUAGUACUGUCUCUCUCUGCAUGUGCGUCUGCAUGCCGCGGGUCUGUCACAAAUCAAUUUAAGUCUUAUGAGUGGUGCUGUACAUGUGGAGAACAGUACAUCAGAGAAGGAAUUUUCCCAGUAAUGGAUGGUGGUUGGGAAUCUAGGCUGAAUAGAUGAGGGUCACUUUAGAACUAUAAAAGAAAGCUGCUUUAAAUAGUUCAGUAUGCUUAACAGAUUGCACUGAUUUUGUGAAUUUUUGAUGUUACGUGUUUGAUAGUAUUAUUUUUAAGAAUAUGACUUAUUGCAAAUUAUUAUUUUGAUGUAUUUGUUGGGAUAUAUUGUAAUAUGACAUCAAGGUAAAGUUUAGAAUCGUUCUGAAUUUUUAAGUGGAGUAAAUUAGACAAAAACAACAUCGUUAGGGUAACACUAAAACUGUUCAUAUGCAUUCUGUAAAAUCAAUGCUCUGCUUUCUGUAUUAGUAAUGCACUUUCCCCUUUUUAUCUCUUGAUAAUAUUAGUAGUUAUACCAGAGGAUGUGCUGCAAACAUGAUUUUUUUUCUUUAUCUGUUCAUUUUCAUUUGCCUUUCAACUGCACAGCAAUAAAAAUAAGGAAAACAGUA